CACCAUGCCGAUGAAGGGCCGGUUCCCCAUCCGGCGCACGCUGCAGUACCUCAGCCAGGGCGACAUCGUCUUCAAAAGCUCGGUGAAGGUGAUGACCGUGAACUACAACACGUCGGGAGAGCUCAGCGAGGGGGCGAGAAAGUUUGUGUUUUUCAACAUCCCGCAGAUCCAGUACAAGAACCCCUGGGUGCAGAUCAUGCUCUUCAAGAACAUGACCCCCUCGCCCUUCCUCCGGUUCUACCUGGACAAUGGAGAACAAGUUUUGGUUGACGUGGAAGAUAAAACCAACAAAGAGAUUACUGAGCACAUUAAGAAAAUCCUGGGGAAAAGCAAAGAAACACUUGAAAAAGAGGAGAGGGAAAAGAAAAAACUGUCACAUCCGGCAACAUUUGGGCCCAAGAAAUACCAUCUGCGAGAAUGCAUGUGUGAAAUUGAAGGCCAGGUUCCCUGCCCUGCUUUUGUGCCACUGCCCAAAGAGAUGAGGGGAAAAUACAAAGCAGCAAUGAAAAAUGAAGCAUCAGACUGAAAGCUCAAGCUAUGCAGUUGUUUUUCCUCUGGGCUGGAUAAUCAAGAUACUUCAGUGGGAAAAAGAGGUAAAAGAUCCUGGAAACAGGAACAAACAACUUCAUACAACACAUGGGAGACAAAGUUUUCUCAGAGCUGUAAUGAGAAUAAUUAAAGUGAAAAAUAAAUAGAAGUUGAAAGCCA